UUAUCGUAUUAAACUGACAACUCUGCUUAGGUAUGAGUAUUGAUCAUGGGGAGUGCCUGCAUAUCGUAAACAUCUGUACAUCUGAGAAAUAUAAACUUCUGUUGGACUGCUUUGUAUCUGGGAGGUCUUCGAAAGAGUUGCUUUUGCGAAGUAAAUUGAAAAAGUGCUCCAAGUGCAGCGACAGUUCCAGUUGGACCUUCCUCUGCUUGGAAUGUGGCUACUUUGGAUGCCAUUCAUCUACAAACAGCCACAAGUUUUCACAUUAUGCUUCAACUAACCACAAAAUGUUUAUGGAUCUUAAUAAUGGCCAUGUGUGGUGCAUGAAGUGUGAAACAUUUGUGUUCAACGAAAACCUAGAAAGUGUCAGAAUGUGGCUCAAUUCGGAAAAGCGUGGGCGUAUUCCAGCGUUUGAAGAUUGGGAGCCUCCAAUUGAGGACAUCUCUCUUCUCGUUCGCAGUUCAAAACGUCGACGGAUAAAGUCAGGAAGCAGUAUCGGUUUGAGAGGAUUAACAAACUUGGGGAGCACCUGUUUUAUGAGCUGCAUUUUGCAGAGCCUCCUCCAUACCCCAGUUCUCAGAGAAUACUUCCUUUCUGAACAGCACCACUGUACGGGAGACGAGAGGAAACAGUGCUUGGCAUGUGAAAUGGUCUGGCUUUUCCAGGAGAUGCUAUCCGGACAGAAAAACCCCAUCUCACCCCACAAGAUGCUACAUUUAGUGUGGACACAAGCUCGUGUACUUGCUGGCUACGAUCAACAAGAUGCCCAUGAGUUCUUCAUUACCUACCUCGAUUUACUGCACCGACAUCUCGUAAAACAAGAUCUGAUAGCGAGUGGUUUAAGUAAUGGAAUUCCUCACACUCCUCUGGAUUGCUCCUGUGCCAUUCAUCAGAUCUUUACGGGGUCUUUGCAAUCUGAUCUAACUUGCACUAACUGCAGCAACAUCUCCGCAACUGUCGAACCAUUCUGGGAUAUAUCUCUCGAUCUCGUUCCAAGAGAUAACGGAGACAAGAUCUCGGACAGUGCCAGUGUGUGUAGUAGCAUCAGUGUGGACAGUGAGCCCAGUGAUGAUGAGCCUCCCGUCACUCUGGACGAGUGUCUUGAGAGAUUCACUCGACCUGAACGUCUCGGCUCUGAGGCUAAAAUCAGAUGCAGUGUGUGCGGUAUUGCACAAGAGGGUACAAAACAGCUCUCAUUGAAGCAGAUCCCAGUAGUUGUUUGCAUCCACAUCAAGCGGUUCCGACACAGCAAAAAAACUCGCAAACUCGGCAAUCCUCUGGAGUUUCCCUUCGAGAUAGAUCUUUCUCCUUAUCUGACGUGUUCUAUCAACAAGACAAACAAGGCUCAGCAGGAAGUGGGAAGGUACCGGUUGUUUGCUGUAGUUAACCACAUGGGCACAACAGACUCGGGUCACUACAUAAACUACGUACUCCACGCUGGGGAACAAUGGUUCCGUUGUGACGACACUUACCUUACCAAGGUUUCAAAGGAAACUGUACUAAACAGCGAGGCAUACAUGUUGUUUUACCACAAAAAAGUAAUAGAGUAUUCUUGAGUUUCAUAAACUCGCUUUUAUAUUACA